AUGGCCUUGGUGUUGUGGGGGUGGAGCCUCAGCCGCAUGCCACCACCCCGAAAGCCAACGGAGGCUUGUGGAGAUCAGGAUCUACCACCGGCUUUCCCGAUUGACGAGGAUCUGCAUGUUCAGCCUCGCCUCAGCGAUGGGUGCCAGCCUCUCUUGCUGGAUGGAGGCGAAAUGUGCCGACGAGCCCGCAUGGAUACUGGUGAAUUUGGGGUGCCUUCAUUGGAAACUCGACAAUCCUACUUCUCCAACAGUAUGCCAACAAGGCCCGAGCCCCCUGCGCCGCCCAACCGCAUCUUGCACAACCACCACAAGGUUCUUGUCGAGAACAUGAUGAAGGAGCUCUCUACGUUUUCAGGCAGGCGCAAGCUCCAGAAGGAGGUGGAUUCCCGGAGGCGGCCCGAUCCGGAUGAAGAUCAGAAGAUGCCUGCAUCGCCCCAGCCGCACAGGUGGAAUUUCACACGCCCCUGGUUCAAGACCGGCCCGUCCACUUAG